AUGACUUGGCUCUGUUGAUCCAGGCCCCAAGCCCUGGCAGGUCUGAUCUCAGUCCUUCCCAGGGGCCUGGAUGCUGGAAAGGGGUCAGGCAGUCCAGUGGGUCCAAGUGUACUCAUCUGGGGCCCUAGCCUGGCCCAGCUCCUGGACAGUGCCCUAGGGCUGGUGGCCCUGGGGCUGGCAGUUCGAGCAGUCCUUUUCAUGGCUGGACCAGCGCUGCUGCUGCUGCUGCUACUGGUCAAUUUCCUUGCCUUUGACCUGCUCCAUGGGCCCACAGCUCCCACCCUGCUGCAGCACUGGCUUCUUGCAGGGGGCCAGAGUCAGGGGGCCGGUGAAGGUCCAGGAGAGCAGGGGACUCUACUUCUGACACCAGUGACAGUCACAAGACAAGUCAGCCUCCAGGAUGCACUUCUUUUGCUGCUCUUGGGCCUGGGUCUGCUCCUGGGGGCCCGUGGCAUGCCCCUGGCCCUGCUUGGCCUGGCUUUCUGCCUUCAUCCUUGGGUCUGA